AUGCCGGCUCGUAAUGUCGGUAUCGGCCUGUGGCGGUUGGCUGCUGGAGGGAGGGGUGCGGAGCGCUCAUGCGCGCCGUGGCCUCGUCAGGGUCAGAACCCGCGACCUUCGGCGGCCGGUUUGUCCGGCUGCGCGCUGCCGCCGCCGCACCGCGCCGGACACAACAGCGGCAACACGGGCCGCGUCUGCGCCCGGCUUCCAGCGGCGGCUCCAGCUCCAGCUCCAGGGAGCGCGCCUCCAGACGCUCCAGAAAUCCCGGCUGCCGCACCGUCUUUACAUCGCCCCGCAAUCUACCAACUUACAGCGGGGCGCGGGACGGGCAGCGGCAGUGAGGCAGCGCGGCCGCGGCCAGGUGUGGCGCGGCUGUGA